CUAUAAACAGGAGGGCAUCAAAUAGUUUUACAGAGCUGUCAGUGCUGCUGCAGUCGUUCAAACCAUGGCCACACAACAGACCCUUCUGAUUAUUGGAAUAUUUGUUUUAGCAGGAUUUGAUGGAUGUUUCUCCGUUAUUCCUGAGGAGGAGCAGAACCCAAACUUUUGGUAUGUUAAGGGUAAAGAAGCUCUUCAUACAUCCCUCUCCAUGAAGCCCAACCUGCACCGUGCUAAAAAUCUCAUUCUCUUCCUCGGAGAUGGCAUGGGAAUCAGUACUGUGACCGCAGCAAGAAUUAUGAAGGGACAGAUGGAAGGGAAGACAGGAGAGGAGAGUGUCCUAGCCAUGGACACAUUCCCUCAUCUCGCUCUCUCCAAGACCUACAACGUCGAUCAGCAGAUGCCUGACAGCGCAGCAACAGCCACUGCAUAUCUCUGCGGUGUGAAGGCAAACUAUGGGACUCUGGGUCUCAGUGCAACUGCACGCCGCAAAGACUGCAGCUCAGCUAAAGGCAAUGAGGUCAAAUCAAUUCUGCAUCAGGCAAAGAUGGCAGGGAAGUCUGUUGGCAUAGUGAGCACGGCACGUGUCCAGCAUGCAUCACCCGCCGCCAGUUACUCCCACACCCCUGAAAGAGACUGGUACAGCGAUAAAGAGCUGCCAUCUGAAGCCAUCACAGGUGGAUGCAAGGACAUCGCAUAUCAACUGGUCCAUAAUACUGAUAUUAAUGUUAUUUUAGGUGGCGGAAGGCAGUACAUGUUUCCCAAGGAAACGGUUGAUCCUGAAUACUCCACAGUUACAGGGAGCCGACAGGACAAAACAAACCUAGUUGAUGUGUGGUUAAGAAGCAGAAAUAAUGCCAAAUAUGUGUGGAAUAAAAAAGAUUUUGAUGCCAUCAAUGAGGACAAUACUGAUUACUUGAUGGGGCUUUUUGAGCCAAAGGACACCAGGUACGAGCUGGAACGCGAUCCUUCAAUGGACCCAUCGUUGACUGAGAUGGUGGAAAAAGCCAUCAAGAUUCUUCGCAAAAACUCAACAGGAUUCUACCUCUUUGUGGAAGGUGGGAGAAUAGAUCACGGCCAUCACGCAGGGCAGGCCAAGUACGCUUUGACGGAGGCUGUGGAAUUUGACAGGGCCAUUGCACGGGCGGCUGAGCUGACGAGUGAACUCGACACCUUGUCCGUGGUGACUGCUGACCAUUCCCACGUGUUUUCCUUCGGUGGCUACUCUCACAGGGGCAAUUCUGUGCUAGGCGUUUCUUCUUCAAAAGCUGAGGAUGGCAAGAGCUUUACUAAUGCACUUUACGGGAACGGUCCAGGAUACCAGAUUGCGAAUGGAACUCGUCCUGACAUGAAUGCAACGAUCUCAAGCAGUAAUGAAUAUCUUCAGCAGGCUGCUGUACCUCUAGAUUCAGAAACUCAUGGUUCUGAGGAUGUUGCUAUUUUCGCCAAAGGCCCAAUGGCCCACCUCUUCCACGGAGUCCAAGAGCAAAGCUACAUUCCUCAUGCUAUGGCUUACGCUGCCUGUAUUGAGCCCUACACCGACUGCCAGCUAGAAAACUAUGGCGUUUGCACUCAGUUCAGCCUCGUGGUUCUGAUUCUGAGCUUGCUCUCCUCACUCACCACCCUCAUAUAAUGUGACUAAAGUGGGGUGAGGUGCACUUUACACAGUAUAUUUAAAUUACAAUACAUUUGCAGGUUUUCCCCAUUCAACUGCAAAAUUUAGACAACUGACGGGCAAGAUGCAUAAGUUCUGUGUUUGCAAUUAAUGUUGGUUGAGAUCCUCUGUGAGGACAUGAAUAAGUGUUGGGCAAAUGUUGAUUAAUGUAUGCCAAUAAAAUCUGGCAAAUCCAAAAAGAUUGCA